AUGAUCAAUACUCAAAUAAGAAAACUAUCGGUGACCGCUAUAGCGAAAGCAGGUCCACCUCCAAAGGGUAAAGCACAAGGUUUCUCGAGGAAAACGACUGGUAGCAGUAGUGGUAGCAGCAACAGUAAAAGACCGGCUCCAAAAAGAAUAGGAUCAGGAACAUUAUAUAAGAAAUGGAUUGAUACGAUUCAUACCGCUGGUUUCAAUAAGAAUGCAGAAGCCGUGGAAUUGCCAAUAUUCCAAACAAAGAAAUUAGAUUCUUAUUUGAAUACUGUAGUCUCCUAUUCCAAUGACCAAUAUAAAGCAUUGACACAUUUAGGUGCCUUCAAGAAAAAUCAAUACAAUGAAUUAUUUCCAAAACCUAUAUCAUUAAUAAGGAAGGACUCCACUGAAAAGUUUAUUAAUCUUUUGAAAGAAUCGAAAGACAGGAAAUAUAUCCUUACGGGAGAACCUGGUGUUGGCAAGAGCGUACUAUUAUCUCAAGUACAAGCCUCUGCUGUCGAUAACAAUAUAAUAUCCGUUCAUAUAUCUUACCCUGAAUUAUUCUUAAAUGGUUCGAAUAGCUACUUCUAUGAGGAAUCUUCGAACUUAUACAUUCAACCAAUGUAUCUGAAAAAACUCAUAAGGAAAAUAUUGAAAGGUAAUGACCCUAAGCUAUUCCAGUCAUUAAAAUUGAAAAAUAGCUAUAAACUAUCGAAUGCAAGCCCUAAAGACGCUUUGAGUCGUCCCUUCGUCACUUUACAUCCAGCUAAAAACAGUCUGUUUGAUUUGUUGAAUUUAAAGACACAACCACGUCAUUUAGGUGAACAGUUCUCUGCUAUAAUUAGCGAAUUAACUUUACAAGACACUACUCCAAUUUACUUUACGGUAGACAAUUUCUCCAGAAUCUUAACGGGUGCAUUCUCAAAUUAUAGAAAUGUAGAAAAUAAACAGAUAUAUUUAUUGGAUUUACAAUUAGGGAAAAUUAUCAUGGAUAUUGUUUCUGGCACUGUUUCCUUUGCCAACCCUAAAAGUGCCGUUAUAUUGAGCAUUUCAGGUGUAGAUAGAACCAAUAGAACAUUACCUAUAGCCCUCAAUAAAUUGCCCCAUGAUCCUUAUAUUACAAGAUAUCAUUAUGAACCUAAAUUCGCAGAGUUAUUACAAAAAGGUGGUGUAAAGGAGUUUCAAGUAAGUAAAUUGAAUAAAGAUGAAGUACGGAUAUUGUUAGACUUUUAUUUGAAAUCAAAGAUUGUGUUAAAUAGAGAUGUCGACAACAAAUCAUUAGAAGAAUUAACUGAUGAAAAAUAUUUUCUAAGUGGCAAUGGGAAUCCAAGGGAGUUGUUAAAAAGUGUUGUGUUGCAACAUAGAUGA